AUGGAAAACUAUCCUGAACUCGUGGAAUGAUUUUUUGACGCUACCAACAGGCCUAUCUGCAGCACAGUAUUCACAGAUUUCCAAUGCCAAAAUCCUUAUUGUCAGUUUUCUCAUGAAGCUCCAGCAUUUUCAAUAUAUGUUACAUUGACAAAAAGCCAGUGGAUGAACCAAGAAUACCUCUAUAGGUAUUUAACAAGUCCAGCGAUUUUUCAAGAACAGCCCGAGCUCCCUCAAGAAGCUUAUGAGUUUGGGUAUCAGGAUAUCAAAGAUGACGUGGAAGAAGAAAAAGAAGCAAAAAUCCAGCAUGAGGUAGAAGAUGAUAUUGAUCAGAUCGAUUACUUGAUUAAAGAAAUGAUGAAUUUCGAAGCAGGGCCUGAAGCGCACGAAGAAAGCAUGAUGUGUCCAUUUCUCAAGGAAACUGGAAACUGCUUAAUUAGAGCAAUUUGCCCAUAUAUGCACUCAAGUGAUGAAGAUUUACAAAAAGAAAUCGAAAGAAGGCAGCAGUGGUACCCUGCAUCUAUGGGAUGUGAGUGCUGCAAAGGCUAUAUUUUCGACUGCAUUAAAGAAGACUGCAAAAAGGCUGGGGAGUGCCAGAUGUGCAAUAGGGAAACCCAACCUGCUGAAGUCCCUAUCUCAUAA